CGGGCUCUCUGCCACCCGCGUCGUCUCGCUUCCUCUAUCCCGUCCUGCUCUGCGGCGCAUGGGCAAGAUGGCUGCUGAGAAGCAGGUUCCCGGAGGCGGCGGCAGCGGCGGCAGUAGCGGCGGGGGCAGCGGCGGGAGCGGUGGUGGACGCAGUGCCGGAGGAGAGGAAAAUAAGGAAAAUGAGCGGCCUUCGGCUGGCUCGAAGGCACACAAAGAAUUCGGGGACAGCCUGAGUUUGGAGAUUCUUCAGAUUAUAAAGGAAUCCCAGCAGCAGCACGGUUUACGGCAUGGAGACUUUCAGAGGUACAGGGGCUACUGUUCGCGUAGACAAAGACGUCUUCGGAAAACACUCAACUUUAAGAUGGGGAACAGACACAAAUUCACAGGGAAAAAAGUAACUGAAGAUCUUCUGACUGAUAACAGAUAUUUGCUUCUGGUUCUGAUGGAUGCUGAGAGAGCCUGGAGCUAUGCCAUGCAGCUCAAACAGGAAGCCAACACCGAGCCCCGAAAACGGUUCCACUUGUUGUCUCGCCUGCGCAAAGCCGUGAAGCAUGCCGAGGAGUUGGAACGCUUGUGUGAGAGCAAUCGUGUGGAUGCCAAGACCAAGUUGGAGGCUCAGGCUUACACAGCUUACCUCUCAGGAAUGCUGCGGUUCGAACAUCAAGAGUGGAAAGCCGCCAUUGAGGCUUUUAAUAAAUGCAAGACUAUCUACGAGAAGCUGGCCAGCGCCUUCACAGAAGAGCAGGCUGUGCUGUACAACCAGCGGGUGGAGGAGAUCUCGCCCAACAUUCGCUACUGCGCCUACAACAUUGGGGACCAGUCAGCUAUCAAUGAACUCAUGCAGAUGAGAUUGAGGUCUGGGGGCACUGAGGGUCUCCUGGCUGAAAAAUUGGAGGCAUUGAUCACUCAGACGCGAGCCAAGCAGGCAGCCACCAUGAGUGAAGUGGAAUGGAGGGGCAGGACGGUUCCCGUGAAGAUCGACAAAGUGAGGAUCUUUUUACUGGGCUUGGCCGACAACGAGGCCGCCAUCGCCCAGGCUGAGAGUGAAGAAACCAAGGAGCGUCUGUUCGAAUCCAUGCUCAGUGAGUGUCGGGACGCCAUCCAGGCCGUGCGGGAAGAGCUCAAGUCGGAUCAGAAACAGAGAGAUUACACCCUAGAUGUGGAGUCGGGGAAGGUAUCUAACCUUCAGUACCUGCACAGCUAUCUGACGUACAUCAAGCUGUCAACAGCGAUCAAGCGGAACGAGAACAUGGCUAAAGGGCUGCAGAAGGCCCUGCUGCAGCAGCAGCCGGACGAUGACAGCAAGCGCGCCCCUCGGCCCCAGGACCUGAUCCGGCUCUAUGACAUCAUUCUGCAGAAUUUGGUGGAAUUGCUCCAGCUUCCUGGCUUAGAGGAGGAUAGAGCCUUUCAGAAAGAGAUAGGCCUUAAAACUCUGGUCUACAAGGCUUACAGGUGUUUCUUCAUCGCUCAGUCCUACGUGCUGGUGAAGAAGUGGAGUGAAGCCCUUGUCCUGUAUGACAGGGUCCUGAAAUACGCAGACGAAGUGAAUUCCGACGCCGGAGCCUUCAAGAACAGCCUCAAGGACCUGCCGGACGUGCAGGAGCUCAUCACACAAGUGAGGUCGGAGAAGUGCUCCCUGCAGGCAGCCGCGAUCCUGGAUACAAACGACGCCCACCAGACAGAAACCUCUUCCCAAGUCAAAGACAAUAAGCCCUUGGUUGAACGGUUUGAGACCUUCUGCCUGGACCCUUCCCUUGUCACCAAGCAAGCCAACCUGGUGUACUUCCCGCCGGGAUUCCAGCCCGUCCCCUGCAAGCCUUUGUUCUUUGACCUGGCCCUCAACCACGUGGCUUUCCCACCCCUCGAGGACAAGCUGGAGCAGAAGGCCAAGAGCGGCCUCACCGGAUACAUCAAGGGCAUCUUUGGAUUCAGGAGCUAACCAGGCUCGUCCUCGGGGCAGGGGAGAGUCUAACUCUCAAUCUGUGUUGUGAGAAAACCCCAGCAGGUUCCGUGAUACUAAGUCCAGGUCCGCGUCGGCCCCGGGCAGGAGUGUACCAUCCUCGGCUCCGCCUUCCUGUGUCUCGUGUGUAUGUACACUUCAUUCCCACCCAGUGUGCUAGAAGGACACCCUGUCGUCUUCUGGUAAACGUGUGCAGGGUCCUGUGUCGUCCUCCCCCGGGGAGGGCCCUGCCACCUGGUCUCAUCUGAGCCACGGUCAGGAAUGUUUUCGUGGGGUCCACACCUGGCACGGACGGGGGCUCGCAUGCUUUGUCGUGUUUCUUCAGUACCAUGGAUUUGAAUGAACUCAUCCUUGCUGUGAGCACCCAGGAGCCCUUGAAGAGUUGGUCUGAGACAAGGAGACAUUGGCAGCGUCACCCCAGGGUUACAGUCAGCCUUAUUCCCCUCCACCUCUGAGCGAAAGUUGAGAAGUUUCAGAACAAGCAAAGAGCUCUAUUUUUAGAAGAAAUAUGUUACCCUCAGAAAUGAUGAAAACAAAUCUUCUAUUAAAAGGCAAAGAUGCUG